GCUAUUGGGCAGUCUCCGCCCGACCCCCGGGCUGUGUUGGGAUUGGCACAAAGAAAAGAGCCCGUAAUUAAUAGAAAGAAAGAAAAAACCCGCGUCUGUCCAUGAUUACAUGUUAAUGUAACGAAGAAAAAAAGAUUCAAUUAACAUUUCUAACUGAGAUGUUAUUAAAACGGUUGUUUAAUUUACAAAUAAUGAGGAACUAAUGUGAUUUGCGGAUCGCUUUGAUUUCAUUAGUGUAAUAGUGAAAUAAAAUAUAAAUAAUUGAAAACGUUCGAUGUGUUUUGUGUUGGUAACACAGUCGCUUUAAUAAAAUUUUGUUUAAUUUAUCAUCGAGUGGCUUAACCGUACAGUUAUUAUGCAAAAAAAAUAUAACUAAAAAAAAAAGUUUCGAAAACUCGAAAUUGUCUAUUAAAUUGGUAACAUUAAAAUGUAUCAGUGCUGCCCCGAAAAAUAGCAGCAGCUGUGACGGAUACUAAUCCAAAAAAAUACUAGGCGAUAAAUACCAAUACGUUGUUCAGUAAUGUGUUGAGCGAUUGAGAAUUCGCAAUGGCGACGCCACCCGAAUCCCCAGUUGAAGAGCAUGCCUACGAAUUGGAGCCAAGCAGAACGCCUAAGCCGAUACCGGUCGCCUUAGAAGAAUUGUGCAGGCAAACUAAAUUCUCGAAACAAGAAAUUAGAGUUAUGUACAGAGGAUUUAAAACGGAGUGUCCUGAGGGCGUGGUGCAGGAGGACUCGUUCAAAGAUAUUUACGCUAAAUUCUUUCCACACGGAAAUUCAGCCUUAUACGCGCACUACGUGUUUAAGGCAUUUGACGUGAAUUGCAGUGGGGCCAUCAGUUUCAGGGAAUUACUGGUGACCCUGUCCACGCUGCUCCGUGGCUCCGUGUACGAGCGUCUCCGCUGGGCGUUCCGGCUCUACGACGUGGACGGAGACGGAGCCAUCACGAGACAGGAGCUGGCCGAGGUGGUCGUGGCGGUGCACGAGCUUCUGGGCAGACGAGCGCCCCCUGGGUCCCCGGCUGCGAGGCUGGACGAUGCUAAAGCCAAUGAACAGGUGGACCGGGUGUUCAGGAAGCUGGACCUGAACCAGGACGGCGUGAUCACGAUCGAGGAGUUCCUUGAGUCGUGUCUGAAGGAUGACGCGAUCACUAGGUCGCUUCAAAUGUUCGACUCGGCGCUAUGACGGCAGACCGACGCUGCGCACACUCGAUUCGCUGACAGGGGCCAAACAAAGCGCGCGCCUUCGUACCGCCAUUACUGCGAGUGCGAGCGCGUCAACGACCCCGGCUUCCUGUCUAACAUGGCGGCCGUAUGGCGUCUACGCGUUACAGUAUGCGCACGCUACUACAUCGUCUUCGAGAACUUCUAUAAUCGCGUCGUGAAACCUAAAAUACGUAGCGUUAUGUUCUUUCAUUUUUAAUUGAAUACGCAAUCUCGAAAAGGGCACGUCCCCGAAAAUGUAAAAUGUUCAGGAAAUGAAAAAAACUGAUUUAUUUUCUAAAGCAGUGUAAAAUUUAAAAUAUU